AUGCUGGGCGCGCGCAGCCCCCACAUCUCUGCCCUGGGCAGGAACUGGCAUCUGGGCUGCCUGGUGUGUGCCGGGUGCCACCGCCCCAUCGGCGACCGCGGCGGGGUGCCGUUUUGUGAGCGGGAGGGUCGGCUGUACCACCUGGACUGCCACCGAGCCAAGUUCCACCCCAAGUGCGACGUGUGCGGCGACUACUGCCCGGAGGAGGCCCACCGCCGCAUCGUGUGGUCAGAGGUGGCCUUUUGGCGGCAGCGCUUCUGCCCGCACCACAUCCACGACGGCACGCCGCGCUGCGCCUCGUGCGAGCGCCUGCGGCCCCACGCCCAGGCCGACACCUGGGCUGAGCUGGAGGACGGGCGCCAGGUGUGCCUGCCCUGCCUGGGAACCAUCACCACAGACACACGCGACGCGCAGCCGCUGUGGCACAACGUGCUCAGCUUCUACGUCGGCAUGGGCAUGCCGCUGCCUGUGGUGCCGCCCAUGAUGCUGGUGGACAGCGGGGCGCUGAACGAGGCGGAGGGGCAGGAGACGCGGGGCAAGGGGCGCGGCGCGGGGCCCGUCUUCCACGUCAGAGGGCUGACGCUGACAGAGGAGUACAGCCUGAUCCGCUCCAUCCUGAGGAUCCCGGGCGGCAACCCCUUUGCCAUCCAGCGCGAGGCGGUGCGCGUGGGGCCCACGCACUGCGAGGUCACUGGCAUCCUGGUGCUGUACGGCCUGCCCCGCCUGCUGACGGGCAGCAUCCUGGCGCACGAGUGCAUGCACGCCUGGCUGCGCAUGAGCGGCUGCUCCUCCCACCAGCACCUGCCGGAGCAGGUGGAGGAGGGGCUGUGCCAGCUGAUGGCCUACCUGUGGCUGGAAGGCCAGCAGGCACAGACGGGGUUCCAGGAUGAGUAUGAGGAGCGGCUGGCGGCCUUCUUCGCCCACCAGAUCCGCAGCGACACGUCUGCCAUCUACGGCGACGGCUUCCGCCUGGCACACGAGGCCUUCCAGGCGCAGGGCCUGCCGGCGGUGCUGGCGCACGUGCAGCGCCUGGGCGCCUUCCCUCCCGCGUGAGGCGGGCGCGGCGGCCCCGUCGGGACGCGCCGCCCGUUUGUAGAACCCCCUUCCACGGCAUUGCCGCGCCCGGGCUGAGCUGUCUUCACCGGCCAUAUACGUGGAUCCUUCUGAAU